CCUCGCUGUCUCUUUUCCCGGUUUACGGACGUCGCCCGGGACGAUAGUGACUAGCGGUCAGAUAGUGAGCGGAGAUCCGGACCGGUCGUUCCGGUCGGCGUGUUCGAUAACGGCGCAUAGACGGGUGCUUUUGGUGACGAGGUGCGUUUCCUUCGUUCCUCACCGUCCGCGGUUUUCCUGGGCGAAGUUUCAAAAACGGGAAGUCUUGGUCGCCUGGGUAGCAUGCAGUUUGCAAUCUACAAAGAAACCGUUUUGCCGGGCCGUUUAAAAGCGCUUCGACCGACCCGAUUUUGGGGCGACUUGGCGAUCCUGACGCUUAAAUGUGAAACACCUGUGCUUGCACGUUCGAGGAUUAAACUCGUGUAGCGGGAGAGAAGUUGGCAGCUCCGUGACCUUAGAGCGUCGGAGGGAGGAAAUUCAAAUCCUGUGGGCGGCUUCCACGGCUUUGGAAGCGGACUGGUCGUGUCGGAAUUGUACGUGUCCCUCCCCCACCCUUUUUGUGCCUUUCACAGUUUCCACUUGCGUGGCGAGCAGCACGCGCCUUCCCCUACCGAGGUGGCCGCCAUGGCGUCACAGGACGGGCGGGACCGGGACAGCGGCGGACAAUCGGACAGCAGGCUGAAGAACAAGAAGCCCCCGAGUCUGGUGAUCGCAAUCCCACCUUCCGAGGCGGAGGAUGGCACGCCCACGCCGACCAAGCAGCAGUUGACUGAGGUGUUCUCAGACAGCGAGGCAAACGAGAGGAGAGCAGUGUACGGCAGACAGUCGUCUCUGUCCCAGAGCAUCCGCAGGGGCACAGCGCAGUGGUUUGGUGUGGCGGAGGACGGCGAGACCCAGCAGCAGGUGUGGCAGAGAAAGAGUCUGCGUCACUGUAGUCAGCGAUACGGACGCCUGAAGGCCCAGUACAGGGACAGCCAUGAGCACAGCAGCACGGAGCAGGCGCUCGAGUCUCCUGCUCCACACAGGAUGCCCAGGAUCGUGGACCCCUGGCCCGCGGCCGUCAUUUCCGGUACGACGACUCGGAGCGGCCGAGGACGCCGCACACGGCCACCCUCCCCCGCCACGGCCCACACCCCGCUCGACUCCAUGUGCGCUGCCUCCCUCUGCUCCUUCUCCAGCCAACGCUCCACCUACGGCCGCCUGCUGCGGAGGAAGAGGGAGUCCGUGGCCCGCAUGAGCAUCCGCGCGGCCUCCAACCUGCUCCGGGGUCGCCCGGGGCUACAGGCGGGGCGUGGCUGCCCCCGGCGGAGCUUCACCCGACCCAGCUGGGUAGAGGAGGACACAGCCGACAUGAACGAUACCGCUGACUCUGUGUUCUUCAGCAAGGUGGAUGCCCAUGAGGAGUUGUACUCUAUGGCCGAUGAUGUGUUUGAGUCCCCUCCGCUCUCUGCCUCCCUGGCACCAGACGGCCCUCUGGAGGAUGUGGGCCGCUACCUCAACAUGGUUCCGGUCCCUGCGGAGAAGGCUGCUCCGCGCCGGGGCGGACGCAUCGCCUCCCGGGUGAAGCGCUUCGCCUUCCCCAAACAUAAGCGGCAGUACGGGAUGGGGGUUGUGGGCAAGUGGCUGAACCGCCACUACCGGCGGAGCCUGAGCAGCCAAGUGCAGAAACAGCUGGACCAGUUCCACAGUCACAGGCCCUAUUUUACCUACUGGAUCACCUUCGUGCACAUCGUCAUCACCCUGCUGGCCUGCUGCACCUACGGCUUCGCCCCUGUUGGCUUUGCUCAGCACUCGGUGACUCAGCUGGUGCUGAAGAACAAGGGCAUCUACGAGAGUGUGAAGUACGUUCAGCAGCAGAACUUCUGGAUCGGCCCCGGAACUGAGGAUCUGAUCCACCUGGGGGCAAAGUUUGCGCCCUGUAUCCGACGAGACGCGCAGAUAGCGGAGCUGAUGCGCAAAGCCAAAGAACUAGAGAGAGAAUCUGGAUGUUGUGUGCAAAACGACAACUCGGGAUGUGUGCAGACGCUCCGGGACGGCUGCUCGGAGACUUUGGCCACCUUCAUUAAAUGGAACAAUGAAAAUGUAGACAUCACUCGUUCCUCAGGAGCGGUGUGCCAUCAGGACCCCAGGACCUGUGAGGAGCCCGCAUCAGCCGAGCCUCACAUCUGGUCCGAUGACAUCACGGAGUGGCCGAUUUGCACAGAGCAGCGGGCGUGGAACCACACAGGCUACCGCCACAUGGACUGCACCAUCCGGGGAAGACCCUGCUGCAUCGCAACCAAGGGAAGCCAAGGGCGCAUCAGGUGCGAGAUUGCCACGCGAGAAUACUGUGACUUCAUGCAUGGUUACUUCCACGAGGAGGCCACCCUCUGCUCUCAGGUUCACUGUCUGGACGACGUGUGCGGCCUGCUGCCCUUCCUGAACCCGGACAUCCCAGAUCAGUUCUACCGGCUGUGGCUCUCGCUCUUCCUGCACGCAGGUCUGCUGCACUGUCUGGUGUCCGUCGUCUUCCAGAUGACCAUCCUGAGGGACCUGGAGAAGCUUGCCGGCUGGUUGCGCAUCUCUAUCAUCUACAUCUUCAGCGGCAUCACGGGGAACCUGGCCAGCGCGCUCUUCCUGCCGUACCGGGCAGAGGUGGGCCCGGCAGGCUCCCAGUUUGGCCUGCUCGCCUGUCUCUUUGUAGAGCUCUUCCAGGGCUGGCAGAUGCUGGAGAAGCCGUGGAAGGCCUUCCUCAAGCUGCUGGCCAUCGUCCUCUUUCUCUUCCUGUGCGGCCUGCUACCGUGGAUCGACAACGUGGCGCACAUCUUCGGCUUCCUCUCCGGCCUGCUCCUCUCCUUCGCUUUCUUGCCGUACGUCACGUUCGGCACCUUCGACGCGUACCGCAAGCGUGUGCUCAUCCUGCUCUCACUGCUUGCCUACGUGGGCCUCUUCUCCUCGCUGAUCGUCUGGUUUUACAUCUACCCCAUCAACUGGUACUGGCUGGAGCACCUCACCUGCCUUCCGUUCACCAGCAAAUUCUGCGAACGCUACGACAUCGACCACGUGGUGAACUAGCUCGCCGCUCCUCUGCGGGGAUUGGCCACGUGAGGCCACCAGCUAAGCUCCAGGUCAGGACAGCAAGCGGGAUUGGCUUUUCGGGAGCCACGAGUCGAGCAGUACACGUGGGGGAAAGGAAAGUUGAUUGACCGAUACUAGGAUAGGACUCACCACAGGUUUAUAGGCCAGGAGAUUUGACGAGCUGUUCUCUGAACUGUGCGGUCCUUCUACUGCAGGGGACUCGGGUACAAUACGUAUAGUUACACUAUUUCCGUCUGACACAAAAUCUAAUUUGGUGCACCAUGUUUCUGUUACAAACCCUUGCCUUAAACUAUCCUUCCUUUUCUAGGUUCUUGUUUAUGGUGUGACAGUGGCGUGAUGGUUUCUACUUUGUUGCACUAAUGGAUCGCGCGACUGCCCUCCACGCUAGAAUGUGGAACCGUGUCCUUUGCGUUCACGUGUUCAUGCUCAGACAUGCCGUGGCUUUUAAUUGUUUCUUUAAGCACAACCAAUCAGGAUUUGCCACCAAGACAAUCUGUCAUAUGCCAUGUGAUCUGGAUCGGGUGCCGCUCCUAAAAGAAAGUGGUUUUGGUGACCAAGGAACUCCGAGCCAUAAGCAUAUUAAUUUAAGGAUAUUUCUUUGAAUUUAAGCCUUUUGAAUUGACCUUUAUCGUAAAUAUGGAGAAAGGUGUUCUUAUGUAUGGUACCUUCAUCAAGUGACGUUUACAGGACCUUGACAAGCAGAUCCAGUCCACUCUCAAGUUCUUAGACAAAAACAUUUAGUUGCCUGGCAGACUCUGAACGGUUCUAGAGCAUCACAGACUGUUCUAGGACACCGUCCACGGAAACCAGGGCGCCCCUGCUUGGCUGGGCGAUUGGAGGCAGCUGCCUCGGCGUCUGGCUCCAUCAGAGAAACUGAUGACUGAAAUGUGUAGGAGUCACGUUCCAUCACUCACACACAGCGGCAAAGCCGGUUUAUAGUCCCGUAAUUUUGGCAUGUUUAUUCCUACAUAUGGUGUUGUCAUACGGUACUGUGUGAUGACUAAAGAUGAUGAUGGAGUUUGCGUUAUACCGUUUCUUGAGCACUGCCAAUGGAACCAUGGUGUGCAUGAGCCACAGAGUGGGGGGAAAAGCUUGGGUUACGUAUCAAAUUCGCCCUUUUCAAAAAUGUUGGUUGAGUUGAUGGGCCACUUAUGCAUUUCAUCCAAUCUAAAUGUGAUAUUUUGUCAAUGUAAUUAUUACUACUUGUAAGUUUUUAAGACAAUAUAUGCCAUUAUUUUUCUGGUUUGAUGAGUUUUUUUUGUUUUUUUUUUCUACUUUUAAGUAAACAAGUGCACUGUGCCUUAAGUAGAAAAGGGAAUAAUCUUUAAUUUUCACUAUCUAAAAAUCUCCAUUGUGAAACACACGUUUGUACAAAUGUUUGUGCAGGUAUGACUGGACCAAAUAUCCAUAUAUGUUAAAAGAAAAUGGACACUUUUAACACAUCACUAUACUCGUUAUUUUUCUCUGCCUUUUAUAGUUUGCAAGAAAGUGCUUUUCCUCAGAAUAAAUGUAGAAUUCCCUCCC